AUGUCCCAGCACCCGACCUCAUACCCGCCCUCGUCCGGCGCCAACCUCGGCGGCGCCGACUUCGCCGCCGCGCCCACCGGCGGCCACCGCCUCCACCACGACGCCGACGCCCUCCCCGGCGCGCGCGUCCCCUCCACCCACCAGCCGCACCACGCGGGCGACGCGGAGCCGCACCAGCUCGGCGCGGGCGGCUUCCGCGCGCAGCAGCCGCAGCUCGGCGGGACGGACUUUCGCGACCAGGAGUACAUGGGCACGCGCGGGACGACGCUCGGGGACGACGACUACACGCGCGCGCCGCCGCCGGGGCAGCCGGCGAUGACGGGGGCGGGGGCGUCGGGCGCGCACCACCUCGACAGCCGUACCAGCCGCACGCGCAGCAGCAGCAGCAGAGCGUGCACGCGCACGCGCACACGCACUCGGCGUACGACGAGGAGCGGCCGUUGGGCGUGCGCCCGACCGAGGCUGGCGGCGUCGCUGUCGGUGGGAGUCGGACCUCCCGAUGGGCCGCGCGGGGAUGAUGGACAAGAUUGUCGGAAGACCGAGAAGGUCGCCGGUAAAAUGACGAAGAACCCGGAGAUGCACGAGCGCGGCGAGCUCCGCGAAACUGGGGGGAAGGCGCGGUUCAGGGUCAGGCUCGCGCCGCGCAUGACUGAAUCUGAGGCGAGAAGACCAUACCUGUAUCACCAGUGUAGUGCCCCCGUGUAUCAUAUUUUCGACUAG